AUCGUAGCGCCUUUUUGAUCGUUACUGGCUGCAUUUGGCUUGAGAACCAUGACUCGGACCUCCAGCUCCAAGCCAUUUUCAUCGACAAGGAGAAACGGGAGAGGCAGAGGUGAGGGUGGAGGCAAGAGAUUUUCCGUUUUCGACUUCAGCGAAGAGGACGUUCGUGUUGAGAAAGUCUCUCGAAGUUUACUCGGCAAGUUUUCUGCCCGCAGGAGUUCUCCCGUUACCAAGCAUCAGUUUCUCCACUGCUUUGGAAAAGGCGCGAAAAGUGUAAGCAGGAAUCUUAGCGAUGAGCUCAUUGAUAUUGAUGCUGAAGUUGGAAAAGGUGCCAACACUGAUAGUUUCUCUGAAGAUAUUAGCUACGAACUGAUUCACAUUGAUUCUGAAGUUUCUAUCUCUACUCUAAAUACAAGUCAUCAAAUUAGCCCGGGACCGAUUGAUCUUAAUGCUGAAGAUACAUGUGCAGAUGGGUCACUUGAAGGUGGUGGAUCUAUGAAGCAGGAGAUUCUUGAAACCAAUGAUCUAUUGCGUUCUCGUUCUUCAACUAAUGAGGAUGAUUUCACGGUUAUUUUCCCUGAUUUUGUCAUCUAUGAAGGUAACUGGUGUACGACAUCGAAGUUAAUAUUUUCCUGUAGCUGCAUUAAGUUCCAAGGUUCAGCACUGAGUGGGUUGCAGAGAACAUUUGAUUCCGAAUGGGCUGUCUCCGACAUUAUUGGCAUUGAGUCAGAAUGGUGCAGUAGGGUUGAAACUGCAAUUGUUAAUCUUCGUCUCAAAGGAAAGCAUUUCACGGGGGCUGAAAAUUCAAAUGACAUUUCAGGUCUUUUUUAUGUUGGAAUCAAAGUUUUUAUGGGCAUAGAGUUAUUGAAGUUUUCGGUUUGUGACCCUCUUUGGUCUGAAAGUGAAAAAGCAAUCAGAACAUUGAAUGUUAGAUAUAAUGACUUAUGGAAUGCAGACUAUGAUGACAAUGACAAGGUCAAAUGGGAGGAAAUUGUUUCCUGGAGGCACAGUGAUGUGUUUUUUCCCAAGAAUUGCUUUUCUGAAUUUGUUGAUACUUUUGAAGAGGUCAUCUAUCCAAAGGGGGAUCCUGAUGCUGUGACCAUUAGUAAGAGAGACCUUGAGCUUCUGAAGCCAGGGAUGUUUAUUAACGAUACUAUCAUUGACUUUUAUGUUAAGUAUCUAAAAAAUAAAUUUCUUUCGGAGAAAAACGAUAGGUUCUACUUCUUCAAUAGUUUUUUCUUCCGAAAGCUUGCGGACCUAGACAAAGAUUUAUCAAGUGCUUGUGGAGGAAGGGAUGCAUUUCAGCGUGUUCACAAAUGGACAAAGAAAGUAAAUCUUUUUCAAAAAGAUUAUCUCUUCAUUCCUGUUAACUACAGUCUCCAUUGGAGUUUGGUUGUCAUCUGCCAUCCUGGUGAAGUGGUAAAUUUGAAAGAUAAAAAACAUGAUAACUUAUCCAAGGUACCGUGCAUCUUGCAUAUGGAUUCUAUCAAAGGGAGCCACAGAGGGCUGAAGUCUCUUUUUCAAAGUUAUUUAUGUGAAGAGUGGAAAGAGAGGUAUGGUGAUGGAGAUGACGACGAAGAUAUUUCUGCAGUGUUCUUAACCUUGCCAUUUAUCCCUCUAGAGUUGCCACAACAGGAAAAUUCAUUUGAUUGCGGUCUCUUCUUACUCCAUUAUGUGGAACUUUUUUUGGAGGGUGCGCCAGUGAACUUCAGCCCACUCAAAAUCUUGAAGCUCUCAAAUUUUCUAAGCCAGGAUUGGUUCCAUCCUGCGGAGGCUUCUCUAAAACGUGCACAUAUCCUAAAGUUAAUUUAUGAAAUCAUGGUCUGUAAUCAAGCAAAGGAACUUUCUGGUAGCGUUGGUAAAUAUCCUUCUUCUGAUGCUAAUGACUCGGACAAUGAUUUAUCAAAACAUGUGUCUGGAGAGGCAGAUAUUUUCACAAUGACCCAUUCUGACAACUUUUCAAGUGUUGGAAAAGAAUUUGGAUCGGUGUCCAAAGUAUCAUCUGUCACGAAUUAUCAACGAAUAGAAGGACAGGAGAGUGUUAUGCCACCCAUUGAGGAAGAUGAGAAUGGUGAAACAGCUGAUUCACCACAAUGCUUAGACGAUCGCCUCCAAGCUUCGGCAGUUUUUGAAUGUUCAUCAGCCUUCAGUUUCGGCCAACAAUUUACGGAAUUAGAAAUAUCUUGGGAAGGAAGAUAUUCUCAAAACGUAAAAGAAGAUAUGUGUAGAAAACCAUCUCCACGCCCAUCACUUCAUGAGUUGCAAACGACAUUGAAAUUGGGACAAAAUUCCACACCUCAAGCAACAAAGAACCCGAACCAUCCAACUGAAGCAGAUAAUCAACUAGAGAUCUUAACCAGCUCAAGUGAUGAACUUAUCAAUUGUGUAGUAGAAGACUCAGAGGAGGAGGGAAAUGAAAGGAACGACAGAAUCGAGAUCGAAGUUUCUUCCUCCUCAAGGAACAACUUGUUCCUAUCAAGGCAAGUGGUUGAAUCUACUGCAAACUUUAGUGAUAAUAAUAGACAACAUGAACAUAAUCACAUAACUAAGAAAUGAACAUCCAUCCAACGCACACGAUUCUACAAAAGCAGCGGUAUAUGCCCAAAUAGGCUUAGAGUUUAAGAAUCUAGGCGAAAUUAAUCAACUCAUUAGGAUCCAUAUUUUGAAAUUUUCAUUACCUGAUUUUGAAAUGACUUAAGAUAGGUGGUUGUGUAUAUAUUUUCUGGGAUCGAAUAAUCUCGUUUUCACAGCCUUUGUAAAGUUAUGGUCAGUUUGUGAAUAUAUAUAUAUAGAAACAACCUUAGCAUACUUUCCACCACCUCCCAUCUUUUGUCACUCAGCCUUAAAUGAAUUGUAAUUACUCAAUCCUAGUCAUUCUAUCCAUAAUAUUAUGAUCAUAAUAAUAAAGUGAAAAAUAUCACUUUGAUCAAA